AUGGAUAAAGCCAACGCACUCCGACAGGCCACGCUUGAACGAAGAACUGCGGAGGACGACAUCGCAAACGCAUGGACGCCAGUAUUCCCACCUAGAUCGAUCCCAUUCUCUCCCGAAAUCUCUCUGGAGGAGGCGCAAUAUGCGACUUGUCACACAGGCAAUACAUCCCCAGGGUCAGACAAUAUCACAGUCAAACUUCUUGAAGCAGUAUGGCAUACCAUCGGUAUACACGUCCGUCGUCUCUUCGAAGGAUGCCUUACCAUAGGCCAUCAUCCAAAACCAUUCAAGGAGGCCGAGGUGGUCAUGAUCGCGAAACCGGGACGCAGAGACCUCACAGAGCCGCGAGCAUGGCGACCCAUCUCACUGCUCUCCUGUCUUGGUAAGGGACUAGAACGACUGAUCGCGCGCCGCCUAGCCUGGGCAGCCGUUCACUACAGCGUCCUUCAUCAGCAACAAGCUGGGGCGCUCCCCAAGAGGUCGGCAACAGACUUGGUAACUGCUCUGGUCCAUGAUAUUGAAGAAGCGUUUGCACGCAAGAAGGUAGCGACUCUAGUCACAAUGGACGUCCAAGGUGCUUUCGACACUGUCAUGCGCAACAGGCUCGUCCUGCGUCUUCGUGACCAAGGCUGGCCUAAUCAUCUGGCUCGCUGGGCCGGCUCCUUCAUGGGCGGCCGGUCGGCGCGUGUCAGGUACCAAGACACAGUCACGCCCUCUUCUCCCCUUCAGUGCGGCCUCCCUCAGGGGUCGCCGGUAUCGCCAAUCCUCUUUCUGCUUUACACUGAGCCAAUCUAUCGAUUAGGGAACCCUCAGGGUCGCUUCGGCUAUGCAGAUGACACGGCCAUCCUGUCCAUAGGCGACACAGUAGACGAGACUUCUUCCAUGGCAUCUAGAUCCAUCGCCGAGAUGGUGCGAUGGGGCGCGGAGAAUGGCGUGUCCUUCGACACGAAGAAGACCGAAGUCAUGCAUUUCUCCCGCAGCAAACUCAGGACUGCGCCGGCAGUACGCCACGGCGAUGUCGAGAAAUACCCUGAACCAGCUCUACGCUGGCUUGGUAUCUGGUUGGAUAGCAGACUAUCUUUUCGACUUCAUGUCGAAAAGUGGGCGGCCAAAGCAAAGGCAGUGGCUUAUCAUUUGCGGGGGCUCACCAAUACGGUACACGGCCCUCUACCGAGCGCCGUGCGAGGCGCCGUUAAAGCAUGUGUCGAGCCAGUGCUGCUCCACGGCUCCGAGGCGUGGUACCCGGGCAAGACCAGGCCGCGGUGGACCCAUCCUACGAAAGAUCUACCAUCGAGUAACCAGCAUCUCGUGCAAAUAAUGACAAAAGCCAUGAAACAGGCUAUGAAGGCCAUUCUUCCCGUCUGGAAGACGACACCUAUCACCGUCCUCCACAGAGAAAGCGGGAUACUACCAGUCGAUCAAUUGCUUAACGCGAGGCGACUUAGGUUCUCCGCACGACUCAAAUCGCUGGAUGAGGCUCAUCCUCUGGCGAUCCGAACGCGCCCGCCCCGACAGCCUACUUACCACGACCUCAUCAAACGAAGAUAUCAAAUACAGGCAGAGAGCAGCUUCAGGACGCGCCUUCGACGUGCAAACGAACUCUUUGCACCCUGCACGCGGCCGAAACUCGUCUAUCGAUGCUUCCAUCAAGAACAGAUGCCUCCACUGCAGGCAGCGUCUAAAGAGAAAUCGGCUGACGCCUUUUCCCGCUGGGUCGAGUCUCUCGACCCGCUCACCUUGGUCGUAUACUCGGAUAGCUCUCUUUCCUCAGAAGGGGCUGCCAGCUAUGGCUUCACCAUCCUUCAGAACAAUAUCCCCAUCUUUGACGGAUCAGGUCGUCUCGGACCUGCUGAGGUUUUCGAUGCUGAAGCUACCGGGGCUUUCGAGGGCCUGAAGGCUGCUCUAAACCUGCGAGAAUUAGCAACACAGAAUAUAUUCAUCUGCCUAGAUAACCUGGCAGCCGCCACGUGUCUACGAGGCACUCCUUCUGAAUCCUCUCAAAACGUCUUUCUCGAGUUCCAAGCUCUGACGACAUCGCAUGGAGCCAUCCAAGUUCGCUGGGUGCCAGGGCACUCCAACAUCCCCGGCAACGAACAGGCCGACAAGCUGGCAAAGGCAGCUUCAUCGCUCCCAGAGCCCGAAGGCGCUCAACCGACGCUGGCUUACCUACGAAGAAUCGCAAGACAGAAGCCCAAAGAAGCGUUCCAGGCGUGGUGGUCCACCUCCGCUCCUGAGCAGUACAAAAGACUCAAUCUCAAGGCGACCACAGGCUGCCCGCCGGAGCUCUCGCUCCCGCGCGCAGCCUUGCACCAUCUGCUGGCAGCGAGAUCCCUCCAUGGGGACUUCGCUGCGUAUCACGAGAGAUUCGACCACAACGACGCACGCCUGGUCUGCUCAUGUGGCCGACGCAAAGCACCGGAUCACAUCUUCUACUGCAGAAAAGUACCGCUGCGUCAUCGGAUGAGGCUUGCACCCUCUCCGAAUACGGCAAUGAACCUUGCAAUAGGAAGAGACUUCAGCAAAUUCAUCGACCUGUCUAAGGACAGCGCGUUCUUUGGAAAGAUUUGCCCUCGUUAUUAG